AUGCCAAAACGUAAGAAAGAUGACACUAAGAAAAUCGACAAGUAUUUGCGAAAAAUACAACGUUUAAAAGAAAAGCACCGGCGACGGGAACAUCGUUCAAGAUCGCCGUCAUACAUUGAGCCAGAUGACUCUGAUGCGAAUUAUCAUUCAGAUGCAGAUACGAUCCCUAGCAAAAGGGGAGAGCAACAGCCAGAAAUGGACGUCAAUCAAGCCGAGGGCGUACAACAAGAAAAUGAUAUGCCUACCGAAGUGGAUAUGGCAGAAGUCACUCUUGACAGUGACACUUUACAAGCUCUCGGAAAACCGUUAAAGGAGAAAUUAAAGUAUGGGCCAAAUAUAAAUGGCGAUUUGUCAAAACUCUGGUCACCCAUUUUGAAAAAUGGAUUGGGUGAUUAUAAGGAAAGACAACAUUUAUUAGAAAAAUAUAUGGUUCCAAGCAAUUGUGUGCUUCUUCAAGCCCCAAAAUUAAACCCAGAAAUUUUGGCCACAAUUUCUGAAAAACAGAAAAACCGGGAUAAAAAGAUUGGCGAGGAACAACAACAAUUAGGACACGGGAUAACAGCCCUGAACAGGGCACUGUCCCUUCUAGCAACCAAUACAGGAGAUAGAGCCACCAUCAUAAACACGCUUAGCGAGGCGUCUCAGAUUCUAAGUGAUCUACAUCAUAAUCAGACACAAUCAAGAAAAAAACUAAUUACUCCGAUUUUAGAUAAAAAAUUUCUGGAUCUAAUUAAAGACGCUGAACGGGAUGAAUACCUGUAUGGAAGCGACCUGUCAGAUAAAAUAAAGGCCUUAAAGUAUGCUCAAAAAGUUCACAUUCGAUAA